GAAAGAAUUCUACUUGUAGCAUAAUGUCAUUGAGUUUUUGUGUUAUUUUUUGACAUAAUUUUUAUCCGCACUUUUAUCGAUUUGUGUGAGUACAGCUCGUUGUCGUGAUUCAUUUAUUGAAAGAUAGAGAUAUUCUUGCAUACAUGUAUAUGUGUGGUUGCAGUCGUUCUAGCUUUCUUUGGAACUUGUUUUCAAUCACGUGCUCCUAGACGUAAAUUUGUUAUUGUCACUGUUUUUGGGAUUACUAAAAAUUAUCAUUGAAAUGUCUGGUGCCUUCUACUAAUCACGUCAAUUUUUGUUGUUGCCACUCAUGUCUUUAUUUCGUACUUAUCAACAUGUAUAUAGUCAAUUACAGAAGUUCAUUUAAUAAUUGGGUGUCGUUUUGCAUCUGGUUAAGUUGAAAGUACAUUUUUGUUAAUCUGUCAUAACAUCAAUUAAGUCACAUUGUAUGGCAUUACAAAGUUAUAAGAUCAACAAGAUGCCAUGGAGAAAUUUCCUCUAAAAGGAACCACUUCACUAACUUCAUUCAACAAAGCAAAUGCCAGUUCGCUUACAACCUAUAAUUCGGUUGAUGCCAAGAAAUCCAAUGGUAUAGAAAGUAGUUGUGUAGAUAAUCCCAAUUAUAGAAGUGGAGUUUCUAGUAGAACUAUAAGUAUAAGCAGUGAUGAAGAGAUGAUUGAUGUAAAACAGCAGACUGUUUCUCAUCAGAGUCAAAAUGAAAACAAUCCUUAUUUCGACAGGGAUAUUCGAAUGGAUGAUGCAUCAUCACAUUUUUCAGGUGAUGCUGAUGAUAUCCCAGGAAUCGGCCAGUAUGAUGACUUUCACACAAUUGACUGGCAAAGAGACAUUGCAAGGGAUCGCAUGCAUCACAGAUACAUACUCAAAAAGAAACAUGACUCUAUAUGGGAUUUGAUCAAAGGUGCCCAUGAUGCGUGGUCAGGCUGGCUUUGUGUAUUACUCGUUGGCCUCUUGACCGGCGUGACUGCUGGUGUCAUUGAUAUUGGAGCAUCAUGGAUGACGGAUCUUAAAUUUGGCAUUUGUCCUCAAGCAUUUUGGUUGAACAAAGAACAGUGUUGUUGGAGUUACAGCGAAACGUCGUUUACUGGUGACAACUGUUCUCAGUGGAGAACGUGGUCGGAAUUUUUCACCCAAGCAGAUUCAGGCGUUGGCGUCUACAUUUUGUCGUAUUUGUUUUACAUUGCAUGGGCACUUUUGUUUGCAUCACUAUCUGCAUCCUUAGUUCGAAUGUUUGCUCCUUAUGCUUGUGGAUCUGGUAUACCUGAGAUCAAAACGAUCCUAAGUGGGUUCAUUAUCCGCGGAUACUUGGGUAAAUGGACGUUAAUUAUAAAAUGCGUGGGAUUGAUUCUCUCUGUAUCAGCGGGUCUGAAUCUCGGAAAGGAGGGACCAAUGGUCCACAUUGCCUGCUGUAUUGGCAAUAUUCUUUCCUAUUUGUUUCCAAAGUAUGGAAAAAACGAAGCCAAGAAAAGAGAAAUUUUAUCUGCAGCAGCUGCCGCUGGAGUAUCCGUCGCUUUCGGUGCACCAAUAGGAGGUGUACUUUUUAGUUUAGAAGAGGUCAGUUACUAUUUUCCGCUCAAAACCUUAUGGCGGUCCUUUUUUUGCGCUCUGGUGGCUGCUUUCGUGUUGCGCUCCAUAAAUCCGUUUGGUAAUAAACAGUCGGUACUCUUUUAUGUCGAAUACAACAAGCCAUGGAUAUUCUUUGAACUCAUCCCCUUUAUCAUACUUGGGAUAAUUGGAGGUGUUAUCGGAACAUUAUUCAUCAGAGCCAAUCUGCGCUGGUGUCGAUACCGCAAAUCAUCUAAGCUUGGGCAAUACCCUGUAACCGAAGUAUUAGUCGUUACGGCGCUUACAUCAGUCAUUGCAUAUCCUAAUCCGUACACGCGAAUGAGCACCAGCCAGCUGAUUUAUUUGUUGUUUAGAAAAUGUGGCGUAUCCAAUAACAAUAUGCUAUGCGAUUAUCAACAAAACUUUGCCGAUGUCAACUCGGUUUACCUGCUGGUACUGGCCUUUAUUUUUAAAUUAGUCAUGACCGUUUUUACCUUCGGCAUGAAGGUACCCUGCGGUCUUUUCAUACCGUCCCUGUGUCUCGGAGCGAUAGUUGGCCGUAUAGUGGGCAUAGCCAUGGAACAGCUCGCUUAUCAUUAUCCUACCAUAUGGAUGUUUAGCGAGGAAUGCUCGACGGGCGAAGGUUGCAUAACUCCUGGAUUGUACGCAAUAGUUGGAGCGGCAGCGGUUUUAGGCGGAGUUACUCGAAUGACGGUCUCGUUGGUAGUUAUCAUGUUCGAAUUGACUGGCGGAGUAAGAUACAUUGUUCCCCUUAUGGCAGCUGCAAUGGCCAGCAAAUGGGUCGGCGAUGCUCUUGGAAAACAAGGAAUUUACGAUGCCCACAUUGGAUUGAAUGGGUAUCCGUUCCUUGAUAGCAAAGACGAGUUUCAGCACACGACCCUUGCAGCCGAUGUUAUGCAGCCCAAGCGCAACGAAACUCUUCACGUACUUACACAAGAUUCGAUGACAGUGGAGGAUGUUGAAAAUUUAUUGAAAGAAACGGAGCACAAUGGCUUCCCGGUGAUCGUUUCAAAAGAGUCUCAGUACCUUGUAGGCUUUGUUUUACGAAGAGAUCUGAAUUUAGCUCUGGCCAAUGCCAAGCGCAUGUUGGAAGGUAUCAACAGGCAAUCCAUUGUAGUUUUCACGAACGGAACGAACCUUCAGACACACGCAUACCCGGCGCUCAAGCUGAAGAAAAUUUUAGAUAUGGCUCCGAUCACGAUCACAGAUCAGACGCCUAUGGAAACUGUUGUUGAUAUGUUUAGGAAAUUGGGCUUGCGACAAGUUCUCGUCACACACAACGGACGGUUGUUGGGAGUCAUUACCAAGAAAGACGUACUGAGGCAUGUGAAACAGCUUGACGACGAGGACCCCAAUUCUGUCUUAUUCAAUUGAAUAUGGUUUUAUAUAAAUUAUUUUAUCUUAAAAAAAAAAACACAAAAAAAAAAACAAAAAAAAACAAAUGUCAAGUAACUCAAGUGAGCGAAAAUAGUCUGAUGAAGUGCACUGGAAGGUAGAAUGAAUUUUUUCUCAAUGCCGGUAAAGAUUGAAAGUAUAGAAAGAACAAAUUGAAACACAGCAUUAGCGCACUCUUGGAUUAGGAACCAGUAAGUGAGCUACGUGUAUAAUCUAUUUUAAACAAUUUCCUUCUCCAGUCUUAUCAUUUUAUCGUACUGCGCAUAGUCAGUUAUUGAAAUUCAAUGUAAUGCAUCAAAUGUAUAUGAAUGGGUAUAUUUAAUGCAUGGAAAUCGACGUUCUCGAAUAUUGUUACUUGUAUAAAAUGGUUAUGAAUAAAUCGCAAAGUCUUCGAAUUGUGGUAGAGUAUUAAUAUUUAGAUGAUGUGAUUAUUUGAUUUUUAUGAUCGGUUGGGACGAUUUGCGAGAACGUUGACGAACGAAAGAACGAAAUGGGAAAAGAUUAUUUUUCUUAUGAAUUUGUACUGACAUAUAUAUAUAUAUUUAUCAUAUGCAUGUGCAUAUAUAUGUAUAUAUAUACACAUGAUAUGCAUGCACUCAUGAAAUACUAGACAAGAAACGAAAAUUUGUUUUAUCUUUGUGAUGGAUCUAUAAAAUGUGUUAUAAAUAUAUAUAUAUAUGUAUGUAUAUGUGUGUGUGUAUAUGUUAAAGUAGUAAAAUUGUGAAGUAAAUCGUUAUGUCCUUUUUCUUCGCAUUUGCAAAACUCAAACGCAUUGAUUACUCAUAAUUUUGUAAUUACGAGUAGACGUAACGGUCGAUCGUGAUGCCAAUAUAUAUAUAUAUAUAUUGUAUGUAUAUUUAUUAAGAUCAUUUUGAUAUCAUGAUGAUCCUUAUUUUUUAAAAAUAACACUUAAUCGUAAAUCAAUGUCCAAGGAAAGAUUAAUUCCAAUAGUACAUGUAUAAACGGCAUUAGUUGUAAGUAGCUUAUGUUAGGAAACAAGUGUAAAUCGAACAAUCUAUUUGUUAAAUAAAAGCACAUUUUAAUUAUCCCAA